GUCCCUGGAGCUUGGCUUGUCCAGCUGCGGCUCGCCCGAUAGCUGUCACCCCCUCACCGCCUUCCCCCAGGCCUGCCUAUCGAAAUCCCUCUGACCCCCGUCACACGCCCUUCUCCCUGCUGCACCUGCUCCGGAGCACUUCUCCCACCAGCACUCAUCUUGGCGGCCCUCUCCCCCCGCUGGGACGUGGGCUCUGUGAGAAUGAGUCUUCGUCCCUGCUCCGGCCCCAGCACCUGGCGGGUGGUUUGCCCGUGAGUGAGCCCGAGGCGUCCUCUUUUCACGGAAUCCUCUCAGCCUGUUCUGCAGCUUUCGCCCGCGCUGGGAUCACACCUGGAGCAGGGGGUGAGCAGUGUGGCCCUCCACGCCUCUCCUCCACCUGUGCCCACACACUGCCUGCCACCCCUGCCCGUGUCCACGCAGCUGCUGAAAUCCGUCGUGGGGAUGUGAGUGCUCCGACGUCUGGGGCAGAGGGCACAGCCGCUGUGGUCCUUUCCUUAGGAGGUUGCCAUGGAGUUAGGGGCCGGGCAGGUGAGGGCGUGGAGGACCAGGCUGGGUGCUCUGCCCAGCUGUAUUCUGCUGGUCCAUAAAUGGCCUCUGGAGGUUCUGAACCUCCUUAUGGCUUCAUUCUGAGCGUGCCCCUUGGUGUAGGAGCUGGGUCUGAGUGGCUUGUCGAAGGGCAGGCGGCGGCAGGGGCAUGCCGGUGAUGGGGGCCCAGGGACUGUGCUUUCCUGUACCGUGCCUCUGGCCCCUUGGGAGGCGGUGUGGGUGGUGAAGAAGCCCUGACUCUCUGGCUUGCCCGGCCCUGGGUGAGUGUGGGUCAGGAGUUGCAUGGAAGCAGGUGUUAAGGGGACCUCUGGUCAAUUCAGCUCCGCCCUCCUGAUCUGUCACACUGGGCUAAUAAAGCCAGAUGUCCCCCAUCCCUGCUCCGCCCCUGCUUCUGUGGAGAGUGCAAGGGUUAACGUCCUCCAGCUUGGAGGGCCCGUGAUGGUGGGGGGAGGCGCGACGAGAACAGAGCGUUGUUGUGCAGUGAAUGAGCCCUCAGUCUGACUUCCUGCACUUCGUGUCCCGUGUGCUUCAUUGCUGGAGAGAUCGGCAGCCCUGGGCCUGUGCACCCCGCGGGAAGCUGCCCCCACCCCCAUCACGGCAGCGAGGAAUGAGAGAAAUGCAGAAAGUGUGACCCACACGCAGAACGCGUCUGAAUAGGACGUUUAUUGAGGGCAGGAGGCGUGCGGGCGCUUUAAUUCCCGGGGCUGGUGGUGGCAGCUCACUGCUGCUGGCCUCGAGCGUGUUAACUGCUGGGCUGCCGGCUCGGGAGGAUGCCGCCCUCUGCGUGUGCCCAUGGGAGCCCUGUUGAGGAAGGCGAACCUCCCCGGGGCGCCCCCGCCAGGCAGCGAUGCCAGGAUGCCCGUCUCUGCCUCUCUCCGCCACCACGGCAGCCAGGAGCGGCCGGUGAGCCUGACCUCCACCACCUCCUCGUCGGGCUCGUCCCGUGACAGCCACGGUGCCAUGGAGGAGCCCAGCGCCCCCGAAACCCCCGCUGAGAACGGGGCGGGCUCCCCGCGCGGCCGGCACGUCCCCAACAGCAACAACUCCAACAGCUGGCUGGGCGUGAAGGGGCCCCUCUCCCCGUUCAGCGGCCGCGCCGCAACAGGGCCUGCCCACCACAAGCUCAGCUACCUGGGCCGCGUGGUGCGGGAGAUUGUGGAAACCGAGCGCAUGUAUGUGCAGGACCUGCGCAGCAUCGUGGAGGACUACCUCUUGGAGAUCAUCGACACACCCGGGCUGCUGAAGCCAGAGCAAGUCAGCGCUCUCUUUGGGAACAUAGAAAGCAUCUAUGCACUGAACAGCCAGCUCCUCAGAGACCUGGACAGCUGCAAUAGUGACCCCGUGGCCGUGGCCAGCUGCUUUGUGGAGAGGAGCCAAGAGUUUGAUAUCUACACUCAGUAUUGCAACAACUACCCCAACUCGGUGGCCGCGCUGACGGAAUGCAUGCGAGACAAACAGCAGGCCAAGUUCUUCCGGGACCGGCAGGAGUUGCUACAACACUCGCUGCCCUUGGGCUCCUACCUGCUGAAGCCCGUGCAGCGCAUCCUCAAGUACCACCUGCUGCUCCAGGAAAUCGCCAAGCACUUUGAUGAGGAAGAGGACGGCUUCGAGGUGGUGGAGGAUGCCAUCGACACCAUGACCUGCGUGGCCUGGUACAUCAACGACAUGAAGAGGAGACACGAGCAUGCCGUCCGGCUCCAGGAGAUUCAGUCGCUGCUCAUCAAUUGGAAGGGGCCGGACCUGACCACGUACGGGGAGCUGGUCCUGGAGGGCACCUUCCGUGUGCACCGCGUGCGCAACGAGAGGACCUUCUUCCUCUUCGACAAGACGCUACUCAUCACCAAGAAGCGGGGCGACCAUUUUGUCUACAAGGGACACAUCCCGUGCUCCUCACUGAUGCUGAUCGAAAGCACCAGAGACUCCCUGUGCUUCACCGUCACCCACUACAAGCACAGCAAGCAACAGUACAGCAUCCAGGCCAAGACGGUGGAGGAGAAGCGGAACUGGACCCAUCACAUCAAGAGGCUCAUUCUGGAGAACCACCAUGCCACCAUUCCCCAGAAGGCCAAGGAAGCCAUCUUGGAAAUGGACUCCUACUAUCCCAGUCGGUACCGCUACAGCCCGGAGCGGCUGAAGAAGGCUUGGUCCUCCCAGGAUGAGGUGUGCACCCAGCACGUGCGCCAGGGGCGCCGGCAGUCUGAGCCUGGUCACCCUGUGCACGUCCAGGCAGCACUCCCCAGUGGGCAGCGAAGCCCCAGGAUGCCAGGCCUUCGGGGCCGUAGGAAGUCGGAGCCCACCAAACACCUGCUAAGGCAACUGAACGAGAAAGCCAAAGCAGCUGGAAUGAAGCACGCGGGCAGCGCUGGCGCCCUGCUGGACUUCAGACAGCCUCCCUGCUCCCGGGGCCUGGAGACGGAGGCUGAGAGGGCCGCCGAGGAGGAGCAGGAGGAAGAGGAGGAGGAGGAGGAGGUGGUGGAGGAGGAGGAGGAGGAGGAGGAAGAACAGGCCUUUCCGGUCUCUCUGGAGGACCUAGCAGGGCACGAAGGCAGCGAGAAGGGGGCCGGGCCGCAGCCCCCAGUCUCAGAGGAGGAGGAGGAGGAGGAGGAGGAGGAGGAAGAGAGUCUGGCAGUGGCGGAGCAGGGGAAGGGACGCAGGGAAUCUGAAGGCCAUAAGAGCUGCAGAAGGCCCAGCAACUGGUCUUCAGCGAGUGCCGAGAAGCGCACGAGUGUCGAGUCUGUCUCUUCCCUGCCGGAGGUGGAGCCGGACCCCGAGCCUGGGGCGGAGCCGGAGGAGGUGUUCGCAGCCGUGGAAGGGCCCGGCCCGGAGGAGAUGCCGUCGGACAGAGAGUCUCCAGAACCCCUAGAGAUGCAGCUGGACGCCCAGGCGGGGCCGCUGGGGACGGAUCCCCCUGGGGACACGCUGGACUUCGUGGUGGCCGAGAGCCCCGAGGACCUGAAGGCCCUGAGCAGUGAGGAGGAGGAGGACAUGGGGGCCGCGCAGGAGCCCGAGAGCCUCCUGCCUUCCUCCGUGCUGGACCAGGCCAGCGUCAUCGCCGAGCGCUUCGGCAGCAGCUUCUCCCGGCGGAGCAGCCUGGCGCUGGACGAUGGCCGGUCCAGUGGCUUGGGGACGCCGCGGCUGGUCAGCAGGAGCAGCAGCGUGCUCAGCCUGGAGGGCAGUGACAAGGGCCCUGCCCUCCGGGCCAGCCCCACAAACUCCCUGGCCUCCCAGCCCCCGCCGGAAGCGGAAAUGGACGUCGGCGUGGGCGUGGCCACGGAGGGCGGCACUUCCGUCGACGGGCCGGAGCUGCCCGGCGCUGGGGGCUGCCCCGCGGAGCCGGACCGGCCUUUGUGCCGGAGGAAGGACUCGCUGCUGUCCACGCGGGACCGGCUGUUGCUGGACAAGAUCAAGAGCUACUACGAGAGCGCCGAGCACCACGACGCCGGCUUCAGCGUCCGGCGCCGCGAGAGCCUGUCCUACAUCCCCAAAGGCCUGGUGCGGAACUCGGUGUCCAGGAUCAACAGCCUGCCCCGGCCGGACGCGGAGCCCGCGGCUGCCGCGGGCUGCAGGAGACCAGCGGGCUCCCGGCCGGCCUCGUGGGCCCUGUUCGACCUCCCGGGACCGAGCCAGGCGGGCGCCCACGACCCGGCUCCCGUCUCGGAGGCGGAGUUCCGCCCGUCUUCGGAGAUGGUGAAGAUGUGGGAGACGAUGGAGGCUUCCCAGGGCAGCCCCCGGGGCGGCCCGGGCCAGGCCAAUGGCUUUGACCUGCACGAGCCCCUCUUCAUCCUGGAGGAGCACGAGCUGGGGGCCAUCACUGAGGAGUCGGCCGCGGCCUCGCCCGAGAGCACCUCCCCCACCGAGCACCUGGCCCGGGAGCUGAAGGAGCUGGUGCAGGAGCUGAGCAGCAGCGCGCAGGCCGAGCUGGUCGCCCCGCUGCACCCCCGCAUCGUGCAGCUGUCCCACGUGAUGGACGGCCGCGUGAGCCAGCGCGUCAAGAACAAGGUCUACCAGCUGGCCCGCCAGUACAGCCUCCGGAUCAAGAACCGGGCGGCGCUGGCCCGGCCGCCGCUGCAGUGGGAAAGGGCGGCCCCCGACAAGGAUGGCGGCAGGAGCCCCACCAGCCCCUGCCCGCAGCAGGCGGCCCGAGAGCCAUCUGGUGCUACAGCUAAGAGGAAGCCGUUGCUGGCCCUCAACCCGGAGCAGCCGGCCAGCCCUGAGCACAGAGACCCCAAGGCCUCCCCUGCUGGGGACCCUUCGGCUGCCAGCCCCAGGACCGCCUCGCCUGGGGUCCGAGCCAGCUCCCGGAGCCCCCUCAGCCCCUUCGACACCGAGACCUUCAGCUGGCCCGACGUGCGAGAGCUGUGCUCCAGGUACGCGUCCCACGACGAGGCCGUGCAGGCUGAGGGUGGCCGACCCCGCGGCCCGCCGGUCAACCGGAGCCACUCCGUGCCCGAGAACAUGCUGGAACCGCCGCUGCCCGCCAGGGCGGGCCGCUGCUGCAGCCUGAGCGCCGAGCCGGGUGGGCCCGCGGGAGGCGAGGCCCUGCACGUCACCGCGGACGUCACCCUGGAGAACCAUCGGCGGGUGAUCAUCAUGGAGAAGGGGCCCCUUCCCGCGGGGCUGGAGGAGGAGGGCAGCGGGCAGGGCCCAGGCUCGCCGGCAGCCGGGGCGGGGCAGGGCCCCAGGGACUUGCACGCGCCAGAGGAGGAGGGGCCGAGCCAGCGGGGCCGCGUGAGGAACCUGAGGGAGAAGUUCCAGGCCUUGAACUCCGUGGGUUGACUGUGACCGUGCCCCCCACUCCCUCCCAAGGCGGGAGGAGGCACAGUCGGGGCGGGGAAGAAGCUGCCGGGCGUCCCCUGGGCCGGGGCUCCCGCCAGCCCCCAGCCCCCCCCGGAAGAACGUCCCAGCGUGCGUGGGGCUCACCUGCGCGUGCGUGCCGGCUGUCAGCCCGCGGCAGCCGCUCUGCUCUUGUAAAUACUCCCUCCUUGGUGUAAGAAGCCGAAUGUUUCAAGCUCAGCGUCUUCCCCGGGCAGAGGCAGCCCCGGGGGCUCGGGAGAGGCCUGGGGACAGGCUCUGCUCUGCAACUCUGCCUCCUCUCGGGGUCCAGGCAGCCGUGAGGCCAAUAAUUUAUUGCUUUCCCUCCUGUGGUGUGCGUGCGUGCGUGCGUGAGCGAGCGAGCGAGCGUGGGGUCCCUCCUGUGAAGACCGCCGUGGCCCGCGCCUGUGUUGUGAGGCUUGUCGCUCCUGUACACACAUUUCAUUAUUUGCCAACGGUGCAAUAACCACUGACCAACCGG